AUGUGGACCGCACGCCUCCGGUCUGCGUCUCGCCUGGCGCUGGGCGCCCGCAACUUCUCGUCGCCGCGCGUGAUGACGGCGUCCAAGGUGGCGCUGCAGCAGCUCCCGCUCGUGGACAGGCAGAUCCUAGACGACAUGCGCGCUGCGUGCAUCGAGACGGGAUUCUUCACGGUCCCGACCGAGGGGGUGCUGCCCAGCGAGCUCAUCCAGGCGGCGUACCGUCGGGCGGACGAGUUCAUCGCGCUGCCGGACGCUGUCAAGCAGAAGUAUCAUUGCAAGCGCUCGCCCAAUGCGCGAGGCUGGACGCCCAUGUUUGAAGAGCCAUCGUACCAACCGGACGUGGUGUCGCACUUGGAAGGCUUCGACCUCGCGCGGGAGCUGCCCGAGUCGUACGUGAAGGAAGGAUCGAGUCUGGGGCCGAAUGUCUGGCCGGCCGAGGUGCCGGGUUUUCAGGAGGACGUGUACGCGCUGUACGAGGAGACCACGAAGCUGUCGACCGUGAUGUUCCGAAGCUUUGCGGAGAUGCUGGGGCUACCACCUGACACGUUCCUGCAACAUGUGGAUGAAGAGGCGGAGGCCUUCAUGCGACUGCUGACGUACCCGGAGAUUGACGCCCUUGUGAAGAAUUCAACGGUGGGGAUUGCCUCACAUACGGACUUUGAAUGCUUCACUAUCAUCCACCAGAAUGGAGAGGGUCUGCACCUGCUCAACCGCCAGGGCGAUUGGGUCGAAGCUCCUGUAUGCGAUGACAGGCUCUUCGUCAUGGUUGGCGACAUGCUCGAGCACUGGACGAACGGUGUCCUAGUUGCGACCGAGCAUCGAGUCUGCAACUCAGAGAAGAAGCGCCAGUCGAUCGUGCGCUUCAAUGGUGCCAACGGAGACACCAUCGUGGAGUCACUUGCUGCGUUUGUGUCUCCUGAGAACCCACCGCGCUACGCCAGGAUGACUCAGCGUGAACACAUUACUCACCAGAUCGAGCUCGCGGAGCAGCUCCUGCAAAAAACCAAGGCAGCUCAUGCGUGA